AUGUUCCCGCGAAUACAAGAAUACUUGGAACCUUCUAUGGCAGAGAUAGUCCGCUUAAAUGAGAAAGUAGCGCAACUCGAGAGGGAGUUGCAGGAACGAGACCGAACGGAGCGACCAAAAACUCAAGAAGACUUGUCACAGGGUGAUCAGGUAAAUCUCGAACGUGAAGAUGGACGUUCGGAAGAAGCAGUCGAAGGUGAUAGUGAAUCCAACAGUGAUGCCGAGCUUGCCGACCUUAUGAGGAAGAAUGAGAAGGUGAAAAAUGAGUGGGCUCAUAAAUUAACUAAGUUGGAGCGACAGUGUGACUACUUGAUGGGUUCCACUCAAGCAGGAAUUAAAGGGAAAGCUUUGUUGACUGAUAGCUUAUUUUCUACCUCUGUGUCCCUCUUUACUGACCGUAUAAUGUCAUGCCAACUCCCAAGUAAGUUCAAAAUGCCUAAAAUACCCGUGUAUACAGGAUUGGGGGACCCUAUUGAACAUUUGGCAAGUUUUCGUGCGCACGUGGUGCUGCACGCUACUCCAGAUGAGGUUGCGUGCCGAGCUUUUCCCCUUACUUUGGCAGGGGGAGCUCGGGAAUGGUUCAGGACUUUGCCGCCCCGCUCGAUCUCGAGUUUUGAAAGCCUUGCCAGGAAGUUCGCGUCCCAAUUUAUGGCUGGCGUUGUCCGGAAGAAGCCCGCUCAACAGUUAAGGACCAUUAAGCAAGGACCUCAGGAGUCAUUGAGAAGUUACUUGCUCCGCUUCAACCAAGAGAGAUUGGCCAUGGAGAGUCAGAAUGAGCAGUUCAUCCACUAUGCCAUUUAUCAAGGAAUCAGGAAGGAUGGUGCCCUCAUGGCGGACCUGGAAGAAACCCUCCGGGCGUUCCGAGAAACGGAGGAAGCUGAUAAAGGGAGUCACGGGGAUGGAGGAAGAUCGAAACAUGGGGCCGCUCCAUCAAGGAAGGAGUUUACUCGGCGUAAACUCGUCAAGAGGGUUGAAAAUUACAGUUGGACGCCUGUUAAUGCCCCGGCUAGAGAAAUUCUUAUGGAGAUCAGGAAAGACCCGAAUUACAAGGAUCCGUCGCCAAUAAAGGGCCGGCUGCACCCGCGCAAUCGCCACAAAUAUUGUCACUACCACGACUCAUUCGGCCACUGGACCAACACAUGCAUUGCUCUAAAGGAGAUAAUCGAGAAGUACAUAGCUGAUGGUAAGAUGACACGUUUUCUGGGAAAGCACGAAGAUUUGACAGUUAAACUCCCGCCAGACAGAUCAACCGGAGGCCAAGGUUCGUCCGGACGGGAUGCGCGUCCGGGGCGACCCCCGUAUCGCCAAGAGAGGAGGUCGGUUCGACAACCUGACAGAGAUUUCCGGGCGGAGAGGGCGCCUCAACGAGAGUGGAGUAGGAGUCACGGCCGGCAGGAUGGGUCGGGCGAUUUCCCAGAAAUUCAGACUAUAGCUGGAGGUUUCGGAGGAGGGGACGAAACUUAUUCGGCCCGAAAAUCUUAUGCUCGAGAGAUGAGGGAGGUGUCCAUUUAUUCGGUCGCAAGGCCGCUGAAGACUACAAAGCGAGAGAAGCUGACUAUCACCUUCUCGGAUGAAGACUAUGAAGGGGUUUACCUGCCCCACUCUGAUGUCUUGGUGGUGACCAUGGUGAUAGCGAAUCAUAAGAUACAUCGGGUCUUGGUGGACAACGGCAGUUCUGCCGACAUCCUAUACAGGUCAGCCUUCGAUCUGAUGAAAAUUAGCAAGGAUAAAGUUUCUGCCUUCCGUUUCCCUUUGGUAGGAUUUGCUGGAGAGCAGGUGAUGCCUUUGGGAUCGAUUGAGCUGCAAGUUACCAUUGGGAGCCCCCCAACACAGAAGACGAUUCCGGUGAAGUUUCUUAUAGUUGAUCAACCAUCGGCUUACAAUGCUAUCUUUGGAAGGACAGCGCAGGCCGAGUUAAAGGCGGUAACAUCGAUACCUCAUCUUUGCAUGAAGUUUCCGACGGAUGAUGGAGUGGGAGCAGUCCGGGGGGAGCAGAAAGCAGCUCGUAAGUGUUAUAAUAUCUCUUUGGGAAACCCUUCCCGAGGCGCGUGCCCUGACACAAGGGUGGGCCCUUCAAACAAGUAG